AUGGCGCUCGCGCUCUCCACGCUCCCGUUCGCGCCCUCCACCCCGGCGCCCGCCUCCCGCGGCUCCGCCGCGUUCCGCCCCCGCGGGGCCCACUUCGCCCCCUCCCCCGCCGGCAGGAGCGGCGGCCUCGGCGUCGGGCUCCCCCUCGCGUGCGCGGCGCCGCGGAAGAACCGCGGGCGGAGGCGGCGCGGCGGGGGCCUGGUGGUGUUCGCGGCCGCCGACUACUACGCGACGCUCGGCGUGCAGCGCUCCGCGACCAUCAAGGACAUCAAGGCAGCAUACCGGAAGCUCGCGCGCCAGUAUCAUCCUGAUGUUAAUAAGGAACCUGGAGCAACCGACAAGUUCAAAGAGAUAAGCUCAGCCUACGAGGUUCUGUCAGAUGAUAAGAAGAGAGCGUUGUAUGACCAAUAUGGUGAAGCCGGGGUUAAGAGUGCGGUUGGGGGCAACGCUGGAGCUUAUACAUCGAAUCCAUUUGAUCUGUUUGAGACAUUCUUCGGAGCAAGCAUGGGUGGUGGUGGUGGCUUUUCUGGUAUGGACCAGAGUGCAUUUAGGACACGCAGAAGGAGCACUGCUGCUCAGGGUGAAGACAUCAGAUAUGAUGUGAUUCUAGGGUUCUCAGAGGCAAUAUUUGGAACAGAAAAAGAUAUCAUAUUAUCCCAUUUGGAGACUUGUGAUGCUUGUAGCGGUUCUGGUUCAAAGGUUGGCUCAAAGGCAAAAAUAUGCUCCACAUGUGGUGGGCGAGGGCAAGUAAUGCGAACUGAGCAGACACCAUUUGGUCUCUUCUCCCAGGUUUCUAGUUGCCCCACUUGUGUAGGAGAGGGUGAGGUCAUUUCAGAGUAUUGCAGGAAAUGCUCUGGAGAGGGGCGUGUUCGUGUCAGAAAAGAGAUCAAAGUAAAAAUCCCUCCAGGAGUUAGUAAAGGUAGCACUCUUCGUGUACGUGGUGAAGGUGAUGCAGGACCAAAAGGAGGGCCUCCUGGAGAUCUUUUUGUCUGCCUUGAUGUAGAGGAGCCAUCCGAUAUUAAAAGGGAUGGUAUCAACUUGUAUUCAACUGUGUCGAUAAGCUACAUUGAAGCUAUUUUGGGUACAGUUGAAAAGGUCAGAACUGUUGAGGGAAGUAGUGAACUUCGAAUACCUCCAGGCACCCAACCUGGUGAUGUAUUGGUCCUAGCGAAGCAAGGUGUUCCAUCGUUGAAUAGGCCAUCUAUACGCGGUGAUCAUCUAUUCACUGUUAAGGUCUCUAUACCCAAACGUAUAAGUGGGCGCGAAAAGGAGUUGCUUGAGGAACUUGCAUCGUUGAAAAAUGGUGGUUUUGCCCGUGCACCUGUGAAGCCAAAACCUGUACAUAAAGAGAAUGGAAGCCGCGCUGCUCCAGAAGUAUCAGAUCAACCUGAUGAUGGGGAGGGUGACUGGUUGAAGAAACUUUCUGAUUUUGCUGGAUCCAUUGUCAAUGGGGCAUCCAAGUGGCUGAAAGACAACCUGUAG